CCUACCCACCCAAGACCUUCCCGUCCUUUUCAUCUGACCAUCCACUCAUUUCACCUACUGGCAUCAUCCUCACUUUUCCGAUCCUUCGUCCUUUUUCUGUUUCCAAUCCACUCGUUCGAUUCCAUAUUCUCUCCGUGUUGCCAUCUUAUUCGCACCAUCCGACGAAACCACCCUUGUAUGGACGCGACCUAGAUGGACCAUGCAUCCCAAGGCCACCGACAAAGCGUCUAGCCCUCCGAAGCCCACUUCGACCACGGCUAGGAUUGAAGACGGCAAAAUAAAGAAACCGAGAGCCCAAUCCAAAUCAGACAUCACCGCAGUCCAACACAUCAACGGCAAAACCUACGCCUGCGAAUCUUGCAAACGAGGUCAUCGAGUUCAUAAAUGCGACCAUGGGAGAACAAGACCUAUCUCUGAGACCAACCAACCGGGGAGACCCUCUGGGGGUCAAAAGAGAGGCUGUCAAUGCCCUCGCAACUGUGCCUGCACUUCCAAAACCUGUAAAUGCCAGCGAGAUUGUUCUUGUACACAGGAGAUGUUCGUCAUUGUCCGAGUCGAAGCUCCUCAGCCCCAGAUCAAUCGAGACUCCACCUCCACCCCAAAACCCAUUUGGGAAGAUGCUAAUGGUAAUAAAAUGACGCUGAAAAAAGUUUGGGCCGACGCCAAUGGUAAACAGAUCAACGAGGAGGAAUACCAAGAAAGAAAGAGGAAACUUCGCGAAAGAGAAGAAGGCAUUGCUACCACUCCCCUCUCGCCUUCGUCUUCUACUCCAGAAACAAAGUCUUGCUGUGCCUCCAAACCCGCAAAAGAGGAACCACAGUCCCCUGCAUUGCCGGACGACAUUCCCUCAGCCUCAGGGUGCCGGCAUCGACAAAACCUCUCCACCGUACCCUCGUCUGAUCCACCAACCGCAGAUUCUCUGCUACUGCCUCCCAAGCGGUCUAGUGACUUGUGGACCACUACCUGUACCUGUGGUUCUGGUUGUUCCUGUCUCUACUGUCCCGAGCAUCCUAACAAUGCUACCUCUGUCAAUCACACCCAGCUCCAAGUCAAGAACUUUGCCGAGCAUGCCUAUGCCGCCCAGGGUUUUUCCCUCGACACCCAGUUCAUGCCGCAGUCUGAUUCGAGGUCUUGCAUGGGAGGCCGUCAGACCUUUUUUCUCUCUAGAACUCCCAACGUCUCCCACCAACAACUACAACACUUCUUUUCCGAGUCCGACCCCAAUGCCAUCUACUUGACCUAUCCCAUCCAACAGCAUUCCUGGACCAACCAGCCCCUCAGCGCACAUUGCUCGCACUCUCAUUCCCCUUCAGCCUCCAUAACCAUGACCCCAGAACCCACCGACUCCAACUUUCUCGAUCCCGCCACUGAUUUCUCAUCCAGUACGAUCCCGUGGGAACUUCUCCCGGACGACUCUAACGGCACUUGGAAUUUCUCUGACGGCCAACUUGGCACCAAUGGCUUUAGCUGGAUGGAUGUUGAUGCUUCUCGCGGCACCGACUAUCAUGUCGGCCAAGCCACCGUUGCGUCAAGCACGAAUCCUAUGGCUCUCCAGGUUCCUCAGCCCACCCCCGGCGCACAGCUAUCCCCUUCCGGAGUCAACUUUGAUUUGAUACUCCAGCACAGCCUUGGCAUUCCCCAGGCCACCCUCCCUCAGUACAACUCCGUCAACGGGCCCAUGAACGACGCGUACAUGACUUUCCCGCCAUCGAACUUUGCCGCAACACCAAGUCGAUCUAUGCAUCCCCUGGAUCUCAAUAUGAACGUGUCUCAAAUUCAGCAGUCUUCCUACCACAUCUCCACAACCGCCGAGGCAACCCCAGGUUCCGCUUAUCAGUCACAAAUUGACCCUCCGGCUGUACAUUCCUGCUGUGGCACCCACGGUAGCAAUCAUGGCCUCACAGCUUCUCAACCUUGGAACGAUCUCGACUCGUUCGACAAUACUCCGUCUGAUCUGCGGUCCUCGAUUAAUAUUCCAAACUCUCCUCCCAUCCUAAAUGGCGCCUGAUAUUGCCUUCUCUCAACUGCUAAUGACCCUGAAUGAAAAUUUCCUAUUUGCAUAUCAUUAUGCCAAAUUCCAAGAUCCCACAUCUGCAUCAAGAGCGAUCAUGUUGAGACCCAUGGACAUUGGGUUGGUGUAUGAACGAGGAGCAUUGUCUAGGCUGUCGUUAAAAUGGGAUUUUCAUUUUGCCCGCAUCAGUUGCCGAAAUUCGACGGACAAGUCGGACGCAGCCUACCUGUUUCUGCAAGGGGGAGGUGCCGAAGAAAGCAUGCAACAUAUGACGGUCAGAGAUGUCGGUCGAGGACCAGACACUGGCAAAAACAAUCGGACGUGAAUUGAGUAGAUUGAUGUUGAUGACGACCUCACAAGAGAAUGAUACCCCAAUACAAAGAUGAUGGCCAAAAAGGGACAUUUAUAGUAGCCUCCCACGACCUGCCGUUAUACAUGGCACCGUCUUUGUACCAAAGAAUUAACAUGUCAUUGUCGGCCAACUAUUCUCUAGCAUGUGUACUAUCUAUUCAUUACUGGUACUGGCUAUCUAAGACUUCCUAGGUCGUCACUCGACAUGUCAAUGACUUGCGACCGCCGUCAUCACCGGAACUGUCGACAUGUGUGACACGACCGAUGUUCCUUGCUGAUCGAGUUUUCCCGCGAGACUGGACAUUUGUUCGGGGCCCGAAUGUCGACAUGGCCGUGCCGGAGCCAGCUCGAUCCCCACAGUCCGUACCGACUGUGGGUUCUCCUUCUCUGCCGCUCGAUCACCCUUGGUGGAGAUAGUUCGUCCCGUCGCUGCCACUGCCUCAAGUCUUGCUCGGACACUAAUGACAUUGACAAAUUCCACCCCAUCUAUCACCAUCGUACCAUUAGGGCUGUCUAAACAUUCAUCCUUGCGAGUCGAGUGUAAUCUUGCCCGUUUAGAUCUCGACCUGACCAGAUGCGUCGGCGUGGACGUCCUGCUGACCAAGGACCCCAGCCGCGAGAUAGACAACGAUGACCUGGACCUCGUGGCCGACUUUGAGGUCGAUGGGCGUCGUGUCAAGUCUAGGGAGUUGUUGAUGUCUUCCUUGGGCCCGCUGUCCUUUUCUGGGACAAGUAGCUCGAUCUUGGGCUUGGAUCUGGCUGAGACGGAUUUACUACGAACCAAGCCUCCGACCCGCCCCAUUAUAUCAUUGAAGCUGUUCUUUGAUUGUGAAGGCACCGUGUCAGAAUUGGGGGUGGAAUUCAUAAAUGGCCGCAGGUCAUUAUGUCGGUGCGUGCUCGUGGGAGUCAGAGAGGUGUCUCGGCGGGUAGACUCUCCAGUACUGCCCUUGUUCUCCGGUGAUCGCGCCCGGGUGCUUGUGCUGCGACUUCUGAUGCGUGUGGACGAUCCCAGGGCCGGGGAUUGUGAUCUUUGUCGAUGGCUGUGGAUUUCUCCUCGCGAUUUGUGGACAUCAGGCCCCGGGCAUGCGCCAGCACAUUCCCUCAUCGAAGCUGUCAAUGUCGAUCCUGAUCCAACCGAGGUAAUUGGAAAGGUAUGAGAUUUGACCGGCUGAGGUGGGUGAUUGGCAUUGACUAGAAUAGAGCGUGGAGGAGACGGUGCUUGAUGUGAGGAAGUGGAGUUGGGGGUGGAUAGGGAGACUGGUAGUGGGAAACAGGUGUGGUAGUGCAAUUCGUUGAGCUCUGUAUGAUCUCGGGAAUUAUUCAUUCGAUGACACCAUGCCAGACUCCAAGCGGCAGCGUCUUUGCCGAGAGAAGACUUGUUUUGUGCAGGAGGCCUCACGUAGGUCACAGGAGGUUUUGACGUUGGUUUGGCCACAGCUGAAUGUUCCCAGGCGGGCUGGACGAACAAAAAUUCGCCUCCAUUAACAUUCCAAUACCCGCCACCCAGAGCAUCGCCAUUGCCGACACGUUUGACAAUCUGUACGGCCGAUUUGACGGCUCCGGUAACCAAGGAAUGCUGGAUAUAAAUGGGUGCUUUAUGUCCCAAGGAGAAAGUGCGAUGCAUGCCCAAGAGGUCGUACAAGGCGGUGGAAGGGUCCGAAUAGACGGGAAAGCAACAUGCUGUGAUGUUGAGAUAGGUGGGAAUCAAAGUGGGAAGGCCGGGACCAAUGAUGAUCACUCGAGGGAGAGCACGAGCGGUGGGCUUGGAAAAAUGGGGAGUUAUGGAAGAGUGUGCGAGCUUAUGCGAUGGGUGGAAAGGGGAGUCGAUAGACGACAGGCGCCGAACGUAUUCUUGACAAUUUCCACAGAAGAAGUGACGGAUAAAAAUGACCAAGAUGCGUUCUUGGCCAUGGGUGUCGUUCAUGAAUAAAGAGCCGAAAGGUAUGGCGGUUCCAUCUGCGGCAUAAAUUGUCGUCUCAAAUGCUUGGUUGAUGAUGACCUGAGAUGGGAGGGUCUCAUCUGCCAUCAUGGCUGUCGCUCU